AUGGGAAACACAACAAGUUCCGCCGUGGAACAGUGCUUGGUGAGUGCGGUGGGAGGUGAUACAUCAUUACUCGCCUUUCCAAAUGCACCGCUAUAUCAGGCCAUUGACGUGAUGCCGUAUAAUUUGGAUCAUCCGGUCACCCCCGCUGCUGUGACAUUUCCAACAUCGGCCGAGCAAGUUGCUGCUAUUGUCAAAUGCGCCGCUGAAGCGGAUAUCAAGGUGCAAGCCAGAAGCGGCGGACAUAGCUAUGCCAACUAUGGUAUGACUCGGGGUGUGGACGGUGCCAUAGUCGUGAAUUUAAAAAACUUUCAGCAAUUCUCGUACGAUCCCAGGACACAAUAUGCAACUAUCGGCUCGGGAACAUUGCUGGCUGAUGUCACAAAGAAGCUCCAUGAUGCAGGAGGACGUGCCAUGGCUCAUGGUACCGGUCCACAGAUCGGUAUCGGUGGUCAUGCAACAAUUGGAGGGUUGGGGCCUACUUCACGUCAAUGGGGUUCAGCAUUGGACCAUAUUGAGUCGGCUCAAGUGGUGCUUGCAAAUUCGAGCAUUAUCACUGCAUCUUCGACUGAAUACCCUGACAUCCUUUAUGGUAUCAAGGGGGCUGGGGCGAGUUUUGGAAUCGUCACCGAAUUCACUUUCCACACCGAGGCGGAGCCAGGAGAAGCGGUCCAAUAUCAACUGGUUUUCAACAUCGAUGAUACAAGCUCUCGAGCGAAUACUUUCAAAGCAUGGCAGAAUCUCAUAUCUGACCCCGACCUUACAAGAAAGUUUGCGAGUAAUAUCAUUUUGACAGAGGGCACUCUCUUAAUUGAAGGCACAUAUUUUGGAACAAAGGCCGAGUUUGACGCUUUUCAGCUUGAGACCAAAUUUCCGAGUAAUCAAGGAUAUAACGUGACCGUGUUUAAUGAUUGGCUUGGACUUGUCGCUGAUUGGGCUGUGGAUGAGCUAGAAGCUAUUGGCGGCGGAAUUCCGGUGCACUUUUAUGCCAAAUCAUUGCCCUUCACAUAUUCAACUCUCAUACCUGACGAGGUCAUUGAUGACUUCUUUAAAUACCUGGACACAACAGACCCAGGCACGUUGAUAUGGGUCAUCUUCUUUGAUCUUGAAGGGGGUAAGACCAGUGAUAUACCUGUGGAUGCGACAGCGUAUUUCCAUCGUGACGCUUUGUUCUGGAUACAGACAUAUGCUAUCAAUCUUCUUGGGCCAGUUUCAUCUACCACUAACAACUUCUUGAACGGGAUUAACGAUCUUUUCAUAAGCAAAAUGCCAAACCCUCCUUUCGGAGCUUACCCGGGAUAUGUUGACCCCGAAUUAGCCAACGGGCAACAGGAGUAUUGGGGCAGCAAUCUUGAACGACUGAUACAGAUCAAGGCCGCAGUCGACCCUCAGGAUACCUUCCACAACCCGCAAAGUGUUCCUGUCAAGUGAAUAACACCAGAACUGAUUUUAUUUUGAUUUAGA